AUGUCAGUCGAUACUCAAGAACAACAACAACAACAACAACAACAAGAUAAUAAUAAUAAUCAAAACAAAGAAUCUAUAGAAAAAGAAACAACAAAUGAAAUAUCUGCAACAAAUACAGAAACAACUGUAACUACUACGACACCGUCUGCAGAUGGUCAACAACAACCACCUACAACAACAACAAAAGUAAUCACAUUUGUAUCAUUUUGCGCAUUUAAAGUACUAGCUGGAGCUGAAUACAUUGGAGAGACAUUGGCUAGUAUCUUUGGUAUCACUGAUUCAAAAUAUCAAUAUCACGUCCACGAACAUACAAUGAAACAAGAAGAAAAGAAAAGAAAAUUGGAAAGAGAUGGUAUAGAAAUCUCUAAAAUGGAAUCUGGUUCUUCUUCCUCUUCUACAACUAUUACAACAAAUGAAUAA